UCUUCCGCACAGGAAUUCCAUUGAUGCUUCCCUUGAGUUGUAAUAAAUCUUGGCUUCUCUAACAUUGUUUCAAAGCAACAGAAAUCUCUAAUCCUCAGAAAUAAUGAGUGAAACAGCUCGUUCUUGCUGGUUUUUCGUCUUCUUCUCCCUCAGUCUUCUCUUUAUCUGUUCAGGUUUAGGGACAGCAAAAUUAUUAACAGAUGAACAACAGCAAGAAAUCUUCUCAAGAUCUGACUUUACUCAAUUAGAUGAUGUUCCAGUAGUGAACCCUACAACUCCAGGAACAGAUAAUCCAUACCCUACAGUGAACCCAACAACUCCUCAAGCACCAGACACAUCAGGGCAAACCCCCACAAUUCCUCAAACACCAGACACAACAGGGCAGACUCCACCAACAGUCCCAAACACAAACCCUAACCCUAACCCUAACCCUCCUGCAACAUCAGGAGGGGGCCAAUGGUGUGUUGCAAGCCAGGGAGCUUCAGAAACAGCUCUGCAGGUGGCUCUUGAUUAUGCUUGUGGCUAUGGAGGAGCAGAUUGUUCAGCAAUCCAACCAGGAGCAAGCUGUUAUAACCCUAACACUGUUAAGGACCAUGCUUCUUAUGCUUUCAAUGAUUACUACCAAAAGAAUCCUGCUCCUACAAGCUGUGUGUUUGGAGGAACUGCAACACUCACCAGCACUGACCCAAGUAAUGGGAACUGCCACUAUGCAACACCCAAAGCACAAAGCAUUAGUCCACCAACCUAUGUAAGCCCACCAAGUCCACCAAGUCCUAUUAUGACUCCAACAACUCCGAUGACUCCAACCACGACGAUGCCUGGUGGUGAAUCAACAGACCUUGGUUUGGAACCAACAGAAAGCCCUAACUCAGCUGCAUCUAUUUCUUCUUCCUUGCUUUUGUUCAUCACAUGUGCCAUCUGGACUUUCCUCAUGGUGCCAAAUCACACUUAGAUGAAAAAAAGAUUCAAUUUUUCUCCAUGGUAUCCUCUGCAACUCGCUCAUUAGCCAAUUUUUCUUCAUGGGAAGCAGAGAAUCACAUCAACAGUGCCGUAUUUGUUAUCGAAGAAUUCUUAAUUGGACUCAAUCUAUCGAAGACGAAUGGAUUAAAUCAGCUAUGAAUAGAGAGAAAUUUAUGCAUGUCAACAUUGGUUCAGACUGAAAAGUCGUGUCUGACAUGCUUAUAUGUCUCUUUUUGUUUAAUUGGUGUAUGUCUUUUUUGAUAUGUUAGGUCUAGCUAAGACUCUUUCUUCGUUAUUUGAAGUCAUGCUGUCAAAACUGAUGCUAUUUUUCAUCGUUCAGUACGCUUUAGUUGAUCAUUAAGCAAACGAAAGUUAUAGAAUAAAAAAGAUCACUAGGUUGUUUGAGACAAUUUUCAGCAGUAUUAGCACAAUAAAUUACUGGAUAAUCCUCUUCCAUUUA